AUGGCCAAUCGAAGGCUCAUCGAGCUACUGGAGAAAGGUGGCCACCUGGAUAACAGGCAACACGCGUUCCGACCAGGCAAGGGUACCAACACCUACUUUGCCGCACUGGGUCAAAUACUGGACGACGCAAGAAGGAAAGAGCACCACGUCGAAAUGGCAUCGUUGAACCUCUCGAAGGCGUACAACCGCACCUGGACACCCGGUGUACUGAAAAAAAUGAAGUCGGUCCUGGUAGGAAACCAAACAUCAAGAGCAACCAAGGAAAAAACCGGGGUCCCCCAGGGCUCAGUAAUUGCCGUCACCCUCUUCCUCAUCGCGAUGGAAGGCGUCUUCAACCGACUACCGAAAGGGAUAUACAUCCUGGUGUACGCCGACGACGUCUUGCUGGUGGUUACAGGAAAGCACCCCAAGGCUACGCGGCGGAGACUACAAGUGGCCGUCAACGACGUGGUCAAAUGGGCCAAAUCAGCCGGCUACGUUAUGUUUGCGGGUAAGUGUUCCCAAACCCAUAUAUGCAGCAUCAACCAUCGACCUCCAACCCAACCCAUCGCCAUCGACAAAAUCCCCAUCCCUACCAAAAAAAAACCUGCAAGAUCCUCGUUGUCACAGUGGACAGGAAACUCUGCGCCGAGGCCGGUGUGCUACCCUUCCGCCGCCCUCUGCAGCAGGGCCAUCGGUCACUCCGAGAGAACAAAAGCAAGCCGAAACCACGACCACCUCAACGACAACGCCAACACGGCUCUUCACAACCUCUGCGGUAAAAACAUCCCCAAGAUCGCCGGCCUCCGACGCCUGGGACCGAGACACUGGCAAACCCCCCCUCCCAAAGUAGACCUCAAGCUCAAAGAACGCCUCUCAAGAAACCCAAACCCAGCUGUAGCACAGGAAACCUUCAAAAACCGCAUCCGGGAAAGGUACCAGAAACACGACAUCCGAUUCACGGACGGGUCCAAGGCUGCCGGCAAAGUCGGCAUCGGAAUUUAUUCCUCCACCCUCGAUGAAUCGUACCGACUGUCGGACCGUUGCACGGUCUACUCAGCUGAAGCAGCCGCAAUCUUCAGGGCCAUGGUCAUACCCAGCACACUGCCAAUCCUCAUCGUUUCGGACUCGGCUAGUGUCCUAACAGCCCUGGCGUCACCAGCCAGCAAGCAUCCAUGGAUCCAAGCGAACGAAUCAGUAGCCAACCGCAACACCACGCUCUUCUGGGUACCCGGCCACGCAGGAAUACCCGGCAACGAAUAUGCAGACGCACUGGCCAAUCUCGGAAGAACCGACGGCUUUAUGAGCAGAGAAGUCCCGGCAGCGGACGCCAAACUGUGGGUAAAAACAGAAAUCGCCACAGCAUGGGCAAACGACUGGCGACGGCAGAGAAACUUCUGUCGCAUGCUGAAGAACUCGACCCUACCAGGCAACGACAGCGACAACCGUCGCGAGCAAGUGGUGCUCUCCAGGCUGAGAACGGGCCACACCAACGUCACCAACUUGGGUGGCACCAGCUUACAUAACAGAUGCGAGGAGUGUGAUUUCACUCUGAACAUCAACCACAUCUUCGGCACAUGCCCGAUCUACCACACAGCCCGCACCAACAACAACAUCUCCAACCCGCUGGACGAGAGGAACACAAUCAACUUCCUCAAAGACGCCUACCUCUACACUAGGAUAUAA